AUGUCUCUCCGCAUCGUCCCCGGCGACGACCACGCCUCCUCCUUCUCACACAUCCGCCCCAAGCAGAAGGGCGCCCCCUCCGCCCCGGGCCUGCACGACACGCUGCGCGCCGGCGUCGGCGCCAACGCCCUCGACACCUACAGCCCGGAGACGUCCAGCGCCGCCGGGUCCGCGCACCCGCUCGAGGCGCGCCUCAAGGCCUGGGAGGCGACGCAGGAGGGCGUGCGCAUGGAGUCGCUGCGCCGGACGUUUGGCAUCGCCGAGCCGGUGCGCCGCGGCAUGGAGCUCAAGAUUGUGCGCGACGGCGAGUGGCGCCCGCUGGCGCUCGGCGGCGGCGUCCCCAGCGUCCACGAGGAGAUCCUCCGCGGCAAGGAGCACAGCAUCUCCUGGGAGGACAUCUACUCGGGCGAGGAGCAGCGGGCGGUUGUGCCGGUGCAUGACGAGCUGGAGCGGAAGCUGAAGAUCUAA